UUCAAAGCUAAAGUCUUUGGCCGUGUUUUUCAGUCUAGCCUUUCUCUUCCUAAUUUUCAAAUCUCGCCCAAAACAUUCCAUCCAUUACAACUAUCACGUCCAAAGGCUCCAAGUUCCUUUUCCAGCUAAUUCUCCCGAAUACCCAACUUGGUACAAAGUCAUCGCUAAAGAUCUCAAUAAACAAAACAUCAACCUGGGUUUCGUCAACAUGGAGAACGACGACGAAGCUGACAAACUCCGCCUUCUAACCCAAACAGUCGACGUCCAAUUCGAUCGCGUGAACGAGAAAAUCGUAUGGAAAGACCUUUUCCCCGAGUGGAUAAACGAAGACGAAACCUUCAAAACCUCUUCUUGUCCAGAGAUUCCUCUGUCAAUAGUGAACCUGACGGGCCUUGACGUAGUUAUCGCCAGAGUCCCCUGCGGCGGCGGAGGAGGAAGUGAUGUCGAGGAUGGUGCGGAAGUAAAGGACGUGUUUAGACUGCAACUUAAUCUUAUUGUAGCGGAUUUGAUGGUGAGGAAUGGUUGGCAGGAUCAGAAACAGAGGAGGAAGGACGUUUAUGCGGUGUUCGUUGGGAGUUGCGGCGGCGGCGGAGGAGCCAUGUGGGAGAUUUUUAGGUGCGAAGAUUUGUUAUGGCAUGAAGGAGAUGUAUGGGUUUAUAAGCCAGACUUGUGGAGAUUGAAAGAGAAGCUUACCAUGCCUGUUGGUUCAUGUCAACUUGCUCCUCCUUAUAAUUCAAAAACAUCAGAAAGAUUCAUAUUCUAUUCUCUAUUUAAAGAAAAAACUCGACGAUUAGAAAGUAGCGGCCACCGCCGGAGAGAGGCGUACGUGACAGUUCUCCACUCAUCGGAAAGUUACGUUUGCGGCGCCAUUGCCUUAGCCCAUAGUAUCCGGCGAAGUAACUCAACAAAAGACCUAGUCCUCCUAGCCGACGAUUCCAUUUCUCCGGUAUCCCUCCUCGGUCUCCGACGAGUCGGUUGGAAGAUCAAACGUAUCCAACGCAUCAAAUCUCCCCACGCCGAGAAAGGCGCUUACAACGAAUGGAAUUACAGCAAACUCCGAAUCUGGGAACUCAUACAUUACGACAAGAUCAUCUUCAUCGAUUCCGAUUUCCUAGUCCUCGAAAACCUAGACAGUUUCUUCGAUUACCCUGAAUUAUCUGCCGUGGGAAACAGCCGCGACAUCUUCAACUCCGGCGUGAUGUUGGUGGAGCCGUCGAUCUGUAAGUUCAAGAAACUAAUGGAGAUUAAAGAUUUGGUGGGUUCUUAUAACGGAGGUGAUCAGGGUUUUUUGAAUCAAAUAAUCGUUUGGUGGCAUCGAUGGCCUACGAGAUUGAACUUUUUAAAGGCGUUUCCUUUGGAAAUGGGGGAUGAGAUUCAUGAGAAGUUACCUUUAAGGGUAUCGGCUUUGCAUUAUUUGGGAUGGAAACCUUGGAUGUGUUAUAGGGAUUAUGAUUGUAAUUGGGAUAUGGAAGGAAGAAGGAUGUUUGCUAGUGAUGAAGCUCAUAGAAGAUGGUGGGAAGUUUAUAGGACGAUGCCGAGUGUAUUGCAAUCGUAUUGUGGGCUUGAUAAAGAGACGGAUGAUAGGCUUAAGAAAUGGAGAGAAAGGGCAAAGGUUAAUACCAAUUUCAGUGAUGGACAUUGGAAGAUUCAAAUCAAGGAUCCGAGAAGGAAGAAGAUGAUUCUUAGCUCAUCUGAUCGAUGAUGAAGAUGAUGAACUUUGCAAGUUUUAUUAAGGAGGAUGGAAUUCUAAA